CCAUUUAUGACGCCCAAAUCACCAGUACCGUCAUCACAUCACUGCUCCAAGUCUAUUCUUCUUGUAUCGUCUGCUUGGUCCCAGUACUGAGAAGCAGCCUCUUCUUCUUGGCACCUACGCACGCCGCAGCAGUGCAGAGUCCAGAGAGAGAGAGAGAGAGAGAGAGAGAGAGAGAAGGAUAGAGGGAUAGAGCUUCAAGGGGAUGGGGUGAGAAAGACGGAGGGAGAAAGUGGGCAGCCUGGUGCAUCUUGGCAUCUCGCCGCCGCCGCUCACUGCCGCUCCUGACAGUGUCCACCUGGUAAAAACAAUGACGAAUUGGACGGAGCUUGCUGCAGUAUGACUGUAUGAGCUAAUUUCAUUGAUCCCACAUUCUGAAAAGUGGGGAAGUUGAGAACUUUCACGAUGUUGAGGACAAGAUCUUGCAUUUUCGCACAGUUCUAAGUGUUGAAGAGCAGAGGUAUUUACCGGUUGGAGUGGUCUGUGUUCCUGUUCGGCACCAAUGGCGGCUUUGGUUCGUCAAGACUCAAGGCAGUACUCAUGGUUGUGGGUUAGCCAUAUCAGUCCCAAGAACUCCAAAUGGCUCCAGGAAAAUCUCAGCGACAUGGACAUGAAUGUUAAAGCAAUGAUCAAACUUAUCAAUGAAGAUGCCGAUUCUUUUGCACGGAGAGCAGAGAUGUACUACAAGAAACGCCCAGAGCUUAUGAAAUUUGUGGAGGAGUUCUAUCGAGCAUACCGUGCGCUGGCAGAAAGGUAUGAUCAGGCCACUGGGGCACUUCGUCAGGCGCACAGAACAAUUUCUGAAGCAUUUCCAAAUCAGAUGCCGUCAAUGUCUGACGAGUCACCCCCUGCUUCAGGGCAAGAAAUGGAGCCACAUACUCCGGAUAUGCCUAUUUUCACCCGUCCACCAUUUGAUUCCGAUGAUCUGCAGAAGGAUGGAGUUGGUGUGUCACCACAACAUCUCACCUCCAAGAGGAAUGGUACACACCCUGAGGAAACCAGUGCAUUAUCAAGUCGAAAAGGUCUGAAGCUGUUCAAUGAUUCGUCAUCGAGCGGUGAAAAUGCUCCUCGUGCUGGUUUUGAUGGAAAGGUAUGGAAAGGCCUAAAUUUUGAAAGCCCAGAUGUUAAGGGGAAAGAGGAUAUCAGCAACGAGAUGGUAAAUUUGCAACAAGAGGUUUCAAGACUAAUAGCCGAGAGCCAGAAUCUGAAACAACAGAUAUUGUCAGAAUCUGAGCGGGCUAACAAAGCUGAAAAUGAGAUCCAAAACCUUAAGGAGACAGUAUUACAAUUGAAUUCUGAUAAAGACACGUCUCUUCUGCAAUAUAAUCAGUCCACUAAGCAAAUAUCUACUUUGGAGUAUGAGCUCGCGAGGGCACAGGCUGACCUAAAAGAGUUAACCGAUGAAAUGGCUACUGAUGUCCAAAAGCUAAUUAAUGCUGAAACAUUCAGUAUUGCUAUGCAGUCUGAGGUUGAGGGUUUGGAUCAAAAGAUGAAGAUGCAACAACAAGAACUGCAACAAAAGCUUAAGGAAUUGGAAAGUUUCCACUUAAACUUCCAGGAGGAGCAUGACAAGCGGGUGCUGGCUGACAGUGCUCUACUUUCCCAGGGGAAGGAGCUUGCUCAAUCUCAUGAAGAAGUUCAGAGGUUGACUAUGGAGAUAAAGAUGGCAAAUGAAAAGUUGAAUGAGCUCAAGCAGACCAAGGAGGACCUUGAGAACACUGUUUGUGAGCUGAAGAAGGAUGUUGAGAGCCUUACCGAACAAAACCACACCUCUGAGCUGCUUAUACAAGAACUUCGUGAUGAGAUAAAUACGCUGAAGGAUUCAAAGAAUGAACUUCAAAGUGAAAUCCAAAGCCUUAAGGAAAUCAUUUCACAUCUAAACACUGAGAAGAAUGCAGCUCUAGUCCAACAACAGCAAUCUGUUGAGCAGAUUUCAGUUCUUGAAUAUCAAUUCUUGAAGCUACAGUCAGAGCUAAAGGAGCUUGAACAGAAAAUGCAGAUGCUGAUGCAAGAUCUUGAACAAAAGAGAGAAGAAGCAAACAAUAUCCAUGCCCAGCUUCAAGAUGAAUGCCAUAGGCGCACACAAACUGAAGCAGCUCUUCUCACGACAGAGAGUCUGCAUUCCCAGUUGCAGGAAGAAGUGAAAACGCUGACACAAGAUCUUGACAAAUCAACAAAGAAGCUGAAUGAGUUGGAUAAUUACAAGUUAAAUCUGGAGAACACAAUGAAUGAACUGAAGAACACCAUUUCAGAUUUGAACUCCGAGAAGGAUGCAGCACUUCUUCAACAACAGCGGUCUUUAGAGAAAGUAUCUGAUUUGGAGUUAGAACUCUCAAAGACGCAGAUGGAACUGGAGAAGUCUGAGCAGAAAAUGCAGUUACUGGUGCUAGAAAUUGCACAGAAGAAUGAAAAUAUCGACAGCCUAGAAUUGAGUUUGAAAGAUGAAGGUGAGAAGACGAUGCAAGCUCAAACAUCACUUGUAUCAAUUGAGAAAAUGUAUUCUCAGUCUCAGGAAGAUGUUAGUAGGUUGCAUCUACAGAUUGAGACGCUGAAUGGCAAGAUGAAUGAGUUGGAGAACUUGUCAUCUGAACUUAAGAGCACCAUCUUACUUCUAAACACUGAGAAAGAUGCUACCCUUCUUGAGAAUCAGCAGUCCUCAGCGAGACUAUCUGGUAUGGAAUCUGAACUCGCGGCAUCACAGGCUGAAUUGGAGAAUGUUGAAGAGAAGGUACAAAUGCUGGAGCAAGAACUCGAACAUAAGAAAGAAGAAGUGGGUAACCUCCAAAUUAGCCUACAAGAUGAAGCUCAGAAACGGGUUGAGGGUGAAGCAUCUCUUAUCUUGAUGAAAAAUCUUCACUCUAAGUCUCAGGAAGAAUUAAACAGGUUGGCGCUGGAAAUUGAGAAGCUUACUAGUAAUUUAAGUGAGGUAGAGAACAAUAAGAAGGAUCUUGAGAACAUCAUAACCAAGCAUACAGAGGAAAUCCAUGCCCUUCGUGAACAGAAUAUGUCGACUGAGCUUAUGAUAAAGGACCUUCAUCGUGAAUUGGAUGCAUUCAAGGAAUUGAAUGUGAAACUUGAGACCGAAAUGGGAUUACACAUAGGUGAAAAAGAGGCACUUCAGAGAGAAUUUACUUGUCAAAGGGAAGAGAAAGAAAAUCUAGAGGGGAUACACCAUGCUCUGGUUGAUGACAUGGAUGCCCUAAAAACCAGUGAAGCAACACGCCGGAAGUUAAUUGAAGAAUUGCAAAUUACUAACUCAAAACUGAAGGAGGUGUGUGCAAAGAAUGAGAUCGAAAAGGCACUUCUCUCAGAAGAGGUGGAGAAACUAUCUGAAGAAUAUUUACUCUUGGAGAACUCACUUUCAGAUGCGAAUGCCGAAAUGGAUGCAUUGAGGGAGAAGAUAAAAGCAUUAGAGGCUUCUGAAAGCUCUCUGAAGGAUGCAAUUUUUUCUUGUGUUUCUGAAAAGUCUGUUCUUGCAUCAGAGCUAGAGAUCCUUGGUAAAAGUUUAUCUGAUGUUUCAGAGAAGAAUUCCAUCUUGGAUAUCACAUUAUCCGAUAUGAAAACUGAACUUCAAGAAAUGAGAACAAAGCUGAAAGAUUCUGAAGAAUCCUGCCAGGCUCACCUCUCAAAUAACUUAGCUCUUUCUGCUGAGAAAAACAAUCUGUUCUCUCAGCUGGAGAGCAUUACAGUGGUUAUGAAAGCCCUGGAAGGUAAGCAUGCUGAUCUGGAAGACAAGCACUCUUCUAUAUCACGAGAGAAGGAUUUUGCCUACGAUCAAGUGAGGGAACUGCAGUGUGAGUUGAGAAUUAAAAAUGAGGAGUACGAAGUUGCUGUAAAGUCGCAUCAACUGCAAGUAGGCAGCUAUGAGGAGCAUAUUUCUUCUCUAGAAGAGAAAAACCAUUAUAUGGAAGAGAUGCUUCAACAGGAACAGCAAAAAAACAUUAGUGCCUCUAUUAGUACAGUUGUCUUGGAGAACAGUUUGGCUGAUGAGAAAGACAAGAACAUUUCUCUUUUCAGUGAAUGCCAGAAGUAUGCUGAGGCAAGUCAUUCUGCAAAGAUGUUGAUCUCAGAGCUGAUGGAGGAAGCCAGAUAUCAUGAAGAGGAGAGAAAAACAUUAAUUAUGCAUAAUGAAAAACUGAGGGAAGGGAUUUCACAGCAAAUGAAGGCUCUGAAUAUCUGCAAAGAUUUAGGACCUUCUGAUUUAUCUCUAGACGAAGUUCUUUUGCAGACUGUUUCAGAUGAAACCUUCAACAUUCUGAAACUUAAGGAGGAAAGCGAAUAUGUUAAUAUGCUCAUAUAUACUGAGUUCUCAGUUCUUUCAACAAUUUUGUCUCAAGUAGGGAUGGAGCUCAGAGAUCUGCACUUACAGAAGUUUGCCCUUGAGAAAGAAGUGGAAAAUGGAGCAGCAGAAUUGCUUUCUUUGCAAAAUAAAAAUCACCAGAUUUUGGAACAGAAUGAGCAGCUUAGGCAAGGAUUACAGAAAAGUAGUGAAAGGGAAGAGGUGCUUAAAACUGAAGUAAUGGUCAUACAAGAGAAGCUAUCUUGCUUGAGAGAGUCCUACAAGAUUUCGCAAGAUGAAAUUUCCGACCUGGCCAAGAAAAAUGAGUCUGUGUCCAAGGAAUACCAGUCCUUGAGCGAGAAGUACAAUUCCUUGGAGGAUGAGAAUUGUACUAUUCUUGCAGAAUGUAUAAUGCUUGAGCACUUGUCUUUGUUCUUUAGGGGACAUAAUAACGAGAUAGCAUCUGCUUUGGUUUCUCUUACCGAUGAAAUGGCUUUGCUGAGUUUGGUUAAAGGCGAUCUCGAUCUCAAAGUUAGUGAGCUGAGCAGAAGAUCAAUUGUGCUUGAAUCGGAAAAUAAUCACCUAAAGGAGUAUUUCGUCUACUUGCUAGAGAUUCUCAGGACUCGAUUAGUCCUUUCAGAGUUUGAUUUGAACACUAAUAGAAGUGUCUGCCAGGAGUUGGCCAUUGAACUUGAGAGUUGCAUGUCACAGUUGAUGCAGAAGGAUGAUGAGCUACUGGAAGCAGAAGAGAAGGUUCAAUUCUUGCAAGAAAAGAACAUGGAAUUAUGUGGAGUUGUUGGGUCUCUUCAGGUUGCGAUUGAAGGUGCUAAAGUGGUGAAAGGAGAACUGGAGAAGAAAAUCACAACACUGACUGAGCAGUGUACUACCAAGGAUGAUGAAAUUUUGCGUCUUCGCCAAGCCUAUGAGACACUGCAAUUAGAGGUUGACCAAUAUGAAAGGGAAUUUGUUGUUCUGAUGGGUGAUGCAGUUACCUCUUUGGUGAAUUCUGCAGUCUAUGAAGAAAAAGCACUCAAUCUUAUGAUGGAAGGUAAAGCUACAGAGAUUAGUGCAAUAACGCUAAAGGAGUUGCUAAUGAAGGUGAUCUAUUCACGAGAUGCUCGAAUUGAGGAGCUGCAGAAAAAGUUGACUGGCAUACAGGAAGAACAUGCAGAACUGAAGGCCGAGUUGGGCACACAUCUAGCACUCAUAGCAUCGUUGUCGGAUCAUGUCAGUGUGCUAGAAGAUGACACUCUUUCGCUGUCAGAACCAUUUAGUACAGAAGGCAAAGAGGAAACUGCACGGGUACCUCUUUUGCAAGAGGACAACAAUGGGCCAGAAUCUCACUGCUUCCCAGAAGGAACUCCAGAGUUGCAAGGGUUAAUUUCAAGAAUAGAAGCACUUCAAGUGGUUGUAAGAAAUGUCAAAGAUUGUCAAGAUCAGGAGUUGACCGAGUCUGCAGCUAAGCUGGCGGCAGCAAAUGCAGAAAUUCAAAACCUUAAAGCUAGAGGUGGUUCACGCAUGGAGGCAAAGGAAAUAUACUCUGACAAUGAGAAACAGAAAGAUGUCGAGCGCACCAAAGGGAAGCACAUCCAGAUGGUGAAGGAUAUUGAACUUGAUCAAAUAUCUACUUGUCCACCGUACGGCACUGGAGCUGCCCUCUAUCCCCUUGGCAGUGGUGCAACUGCUGAAUUGGAUGAUGACAUGCUUCAGCUGUGGGAGGCUGCGGAGAGGAAUUGCAAGAUUCAAACAGCCAAGUCCUCGUCAUCUGAGCUCGACAUACAAGCGGUUGAGGAGGUGAAGAGUGAGUACCCUUCCUCUGAGCUAGUAAGGGGAAGAGACCUCGGAAUCAAUAAGCUUGAGAUGUCAAAGGGACCUGUAGAACCUCACGAAGAGUGGAGCAAGAAUGUACUUGAGAGGCUCACUUCUGAUGCUCAGAUAUUGUUGAGCGUCCAAGCGAGCAUUGAGGAGUUAAAGCGGAAAAUGGAGGGACCGUCAAAGGGCAAAUCCCCUAUAAAUUCUGAGUACAGCAGUGUAAGCGCUCAGCUGCAUGAGACCGAGGGAUAUGUCUUGGAACAGAUAAAUUUCAACAACAAAUUGAUCAAGAAGGCUGAUAAUUAUCCCGCAUUGUCAGAUAGUAUGAAUGCUGAGCGAGAAGGGUAUUCCAGCAGGAGGAGAAUCGCCGAGCAGGUGCAGAAAGGGUCAGAAAAUGUGGCAAGAUUGGAGCUGGAACUUCAGAAGAUACAGUACGUCUUGCUAAAGCUUGAAGAAGAGCACGAGUACAGAAAGCUCAAAGUCUCCGAUAAGCGUACUCGUGUGCUCUUGAGGGAUUAUUUGUAUGGAAGGAAGGACCGCGGUGGCGGGCAGAAGAAGAAAAAGAAGCGGGUACCCUUCUGUGGUUGUGUGCGUCCUAAAUCAAGAACUGAGCCCUAACCGUUUUGUUCUUGCAGCAGAAGAAAUAAAAAGGAAAUGAGAUGCCAGCUCCAAGAGGCUGGCAAAGUAUCACUGCUUUGAAAGAGCUAGUGAUAUCAUUAGGGUCCAAUUUGUAAUUGAGUUAGCGCUUUAGUAUUCGGAGCAAGGUUAUGUAUUAAAUUUUUUCGGUUUCCUGUCUAAAUGAGGCCAUAUCUUAGCUAGUUCAUUUUGUUAAAUCUUAGGUAUCAAUGUGAUAUAUCAAGCCAUUUUAUUUUA